CCUCUGCGGCAUCGUAGCGGAAGUGCUCCGGUCAUCGCCUUCCGCCACGCUUACGGACGUGCCUAAUCCUUUCCGGUCCGCGCGUAGUAGAAGGGGGAACUUCUUUGCUGCGGACUCAAAUCGGAAGCUGUUUGCCUAGCGGGGAGGUCAUUAGGGGAGGAGCAGGCUGAGGUUGAGCGUGGAGCGGACGUUGCUCUGUGCGGCGGAACUGGAGUUCGAAUCGAACCCGUGCGGAGAAGAGUGCCCGCCGCUGGUAAGGGUGAAGGUGUGUUUCAGCUCCCCAAAUAAGAAAAGGGGACGGAAGCGGGUUCAUCUGUGGAGCACUGUGCACGCUGAAAGGGUUCAUUGAAAAAUCGUUAGUGAUAUUGACAUGUUUCAAGUGAAAUAUAGUAGCCAAUGACUCGGAAUGAUGGAUUCCUCGAAGACUGGAAAUGGUUUGCCAGUGAUUGCACCAGGGACUGAUGUAGGGGUAUCUUCACUCCACAUGGUGGGGUAUUUGGGAAAAAAUUAUGAUUCUGCUAACAUCCCGUCAGAUGGGUAUUGCCCUGCUUGUAGAGAGAAGGGAAAGUUAAAAGCUUUAAAGACUUACCGGAUUAGUUUUCAAGAAUCUGUCUAUUUGUGUGAGGAUCUGCAGUGCAUCUAUCCUUUGGGCUGUAGGUCACUUAACCUAAUUUCUCCUGAUUUGGAAAACCGUCACACUCCAAAAAAGCCUCAAAAAAGAAAGCUUUUGGAAACCAACCAUAAAGAUUCACCUUCUUUAGCAAAUUCAAAAAAAAAUAAAAGUCAUACUGUUAUUGAUGGUGAACGAGUUUUGAAUAGCAAACAUAAUGGAGAAGCAUAUGACAAAACCUCAUCAGAUUUACUGGACUUUCUGCACAGUGGUGAGCAGAGUCCAAUUAGGACCACUGAUUUCUUGGGACAGGAGGAGAUUUUGGAAGCUGCUGUUACUGAUGUGGCUGCUGAAGAAGAUGCUCCUGCAGUGGAUGUUUUUGGAACUGGAGAGACUUCUCAAAAUGAAGGAGGCACAUCUGAACUGGGAAUUCUGCCAGAGAGCAGAUGUACACCAUUUUGCCAGACAUCAUGUGUUCAAUGGAAAAAUUCUUAUGCUCUCUGUUGGUUAGACUGUAUCCUGUCAGUGUUGGUGCACUUGAAAGUGGUCAAAAAGGUGGUGAUGACUGACCCUAAAGAGGAGUCUGUGUUUUCGCAGUUGUUCACGAACUAUAAUCAAGCGAGUAAGCUUCUGCACACCAGUCACUUGGAUGUUAAAGAUGGAGAUUGUAAAAAUCUUACUUCAGAAAUAUUUGCAAAGAUAGAGACCAGUCUGAAUGAAGUCAGAAAUAACAUUUUUAUCAGGCUUCAGCCUCAGCUUGGAUGCACGUUAGGUGACAUGGAAAGCCCGGUGUUUGCAUUUCCCCUGCUCCUAAAAAUAGAAUCCCGAAUCGAAAAGCUCUUCAUGUACUCUUUUUCUUGGAACUUUGAAUGUUCACAGUGUGGACAUAAGUAUCAAAACAGGUGUAUGAAGAAUCUGGCCACCUUUACAAAUGUCAUUCCUGAAUGGCAUCCACUUAAUGCUGCCCAUUUUGGUCCAUGUAACAAUUGUGACAAUAAGUCACAAAUAAGAAAAAUGGUAUUGAAAAGAGUGUCUUCCGUAUUCAUGUUGCAUUUUGUAGAAGGGUUACCACAUAACAACUUGCAAUACUACUCAUUUCAGUUUGAAGGCUGUCUUUACCAAAUAACUUCUGUAAUUCAAUACCACGCAAAUAAUCAUUUCAUAACAUGGAUUUUAGAUGCUGAUGGAAGUUGGCUGGAAUGUGAUGAUUUAAAAGGUCCAUGUUCUGAAAGACAUGAGAAAUUUGAAGUCCCUGCUUCAGAAAUGCAUAUUGUUAUUUGGGAAAGAAGAACAACCCAAAUGACAGAUAAAGCACCUGACUGUCUUCCAUUUCAAAAGACUAAUGAUCAACAUGCUUCCAGUGAUGAGAAACAGGAACCUCCACUAUUGUGUUUUGUGGGUGAUGCUGCCUCAGCUGAAACACCCUCAGGAACACACCUCCAAAAUACAUCAGUUGCUCCUAAUACUCCUUCCCAGGUUGAAGGUGUAGCUAAUGGACCUCAUAUACUUUCAGGUCUGAAAGGUUUGGUUGACGGUGAUAUUUUACCUUUGAUGCUUGAAAAAAUACAGGUUAACUCUGAAGGUUUUGUGUUAGAAAGUAUACCUGUGGCAGAAAAUGGAGUGAUCAUCAAAACAAAUACUUUACAAUCACAGGAGACGCUAAUGGCUGCUUUAGUAUCAGCUCCAUGUAAUAAGGAAAAGCUUAAUCAAGACCAUCUUGUGGGCUUCAGCUUUCCAUCUCGGAUUAUGAAUACAAACAUGCAGUCAGUACAGCCAAAUUCAGAAAAUACUGUAAUUACUAAACCUGUGACUAAUGUUCAUGCUGCUGGUCCUCUACAAGAACUAAAGUCAGUAGAAAUUGAGGGUACAGUUGCCCUAGAGGAGGAUGUUCCAUUAAAACAAUUUCUUUCACCAAAAACUGAGAAAUUAAAAUCAGAAGAACACAUUACACCUCAGGAAUCUAAUUUAAAGAGAAAAUUUUCUCAAACUGUAGCAGCUGAGUCAUCACAGAAUCAAUCUCUGAAAGAAAAUCCGAAGAAACCGUUUGUGGGGAGUUGGGUUAAAGGCUUAUUAAGCAAGGGUGCUUCUUUUAUGCCACCUUGUGUUUCAGCUCUUAGUAGAAACACUGUAACUGAUUUACAGCCUUCAGUUAAGGGGGCAAGUAAUUUUGGUGGCUUUAAAACUAAAGGUAUGAACCAGAAGGCUCAUGGGUCAUCUAAGAAAGUUCGUAGGGGUGCCAGUAAGUCUCCUACGGCCAGUCACCUUCCACUGAGUCUGCCAUCUUCAGGUAGCACGGCUUCUCCACACGCGAAUGUUAAUGCUGACCUGGAAGUUUCGAAGAAACAUGAAAAAGCCUCAUACGAAACUCAACUCAACCACAGGUCUCAUGGAAGUGAGAAUGGUAUUUCAUCAAACCAUGAAGACUCUGUUGAGGGUCAGAUUCAUAAACUUCGUCUGAAACUUCUUAAAAAACUUAAGGCAAAAAAGAAGAAAUUAGCUGCUCUUAUGUCUUCCCCCCCAAAUGGAAAGUUACCAAGUGAAAAUUUAGAACACAUGUCCCAUUGUGGGUCUCCAAAUGACAGUCAAUCAGUAGAAGACUUGUUAAAAGAACUACAAUAUCAAAUUGAUAUUGCUGAUAAUAAAUCUGGAGGAACCACCAUGCCCAAUGUUUUUCCACACAGUGGUCAAACUCAUGAAGAAAUUUUAGCAGAAUUAUUGUCUCCUGCAAGUGUUUCAGCAGAGCUCUCAGAAAAUGGGGAGGCUGACUUUAGAUACUUAGAAAUGGGAGGUAACCCUAACCCAGCACCAGUACCUAGUGAAUUAAAUGGUAUUUCCCAAAACACACACCUGAGACAGGACCAUAAUUAUUGCAGCCCCACUAAGAAAAAUUGCCACGUUCAGCCAGACUCGCUAACAAAUAAUGCCUGCGUUAGAACAUUGAACUUGGAAAGUUCCCUGAAGACUGAUAUUUUUGAUGAGUUUUUUUCCACUCCAACAUUAAAUUCUUUACCAAAUGACACAUUAGACUUACCAUAUUUUGAUGACUACCUGUUUGAGAGUUGUUGAAUGUUUAUUAACUCUUUUUAGUUUAAUAUUUAUUAUUGUCUUUAAAAAAACUUAACUAUAUUUUUGGGUAGUGUUUGUACACUGGCCUUGUCAUUGAACAAAAUAUAAGCUGCUGAAGGUUUUACCUCUGGUUAUGCCCCUAAAAUAUGUAAUAUGUUUUAAAAUUAAAAUGACCAGGAAUCUGU